GAAGCGGAGAGACAACCCGGGAAAUCUGCAGACUGACAACAGCUCCGCCCACACAAGAGGCUGGUCACAUGGGCAUGACGUCAUCACAGGUCCUUUUGCCCACUAGGAAAUAGCGUCUCCCCGGCUGUAUCUCAGGAUUGUGUAGAAAUGAAGUGCUACAUUAAGAGCACAGACGGCAAACACAGUCCUAUAGAGCUCCCCGAUGGAGUAGGAGUCAUCCUGGGAAGAGGACCUGAGACCUGUAUCACAGAUAGAAAGUGUUCCAAGCAGCAAGCGGAGUUUGUAGCCAAUGUUGGGAAGAAAGUUGUUCGCGUCACACAGCUGGGUGCAAACCCUACCUCAGUUGGAGAGGUGAAGCUGAAGCAUGGGGAGAGCACAUUGUUGAAUGAGAAUCAGACUCUGCACAUGGUGAAUUCCUUAUAUCCUUACACUGUUGUGUUCAGUGAUGAAAGUCCAAGCAGAAGGAAACCCAGGGACACAAAGCCGGCGGCUGCCACCUCUCCAAAGAAAACUAUUACAGACUUUUUUAAUGCAUCCACAUCGGAAAGCAAAAAUAGGACCAAACGGAAGGAAGAUGGUAAAUCAGAACCAAGCAGCAAGAGAACAAAGACACAAGGGUUCGCUUCUAGGCCUGAAGAAAAUAGUGAGGAGUCAGAGGAUGAAGACAUUUCCUAUAAACUUAAGGAGUUGCAGGAGACAGCAGCCAAAGCAAACCACACGAGUACAAAAACAUCUAGAGACUCUCCUGAUACCUUGAGAGGCACAGCCUGCAGCAAAGACACCUGGGAAGAACACGGCAAGCUUCUAGUGUUUACCAAGCAAGGUGUGCAGUCAUCUUCUAAGAUUGCCGGGUUCGACAUUGAUGGAACCAUUAUAACUACAAAGUCUGGGAAGGUCUUCCCCACCAGUGCAGAUGAUUGGAGAAUUUUGUAUCCUGAAAUUCCCAAAAAAUUAAAAGCCGUUUUGGCAGAUGGAUAUAAGGUGGUCUUCUUCACCAAUCAGAUGGGAAUUACUCGUGGUAAGCUAAGGCCUGAAGUUUUUAAAGCCAAAGCAGAAGCUGUUUUAGAUCAGUUGGGAAUACCUGUUCAGAUUUUUGUGGCGACUGGUUUGGGUGUAUACCGUAAACCUGUCACUGGAAUGUGGGACUACCUUUGUGAGAAGGCUAAUGAUGGUAUGAAAGUGAAGAAGGAAGACUGCGUAUAUGUAGGAGAUGCUGCAGGAAGACCUGCAAACUGGGCUCCUGACCGUAAGAAGAAAGAUUUCUCCUGCAGUGACCGCUUGUUCGCAAUAAACAUUGGCAUACAGUUCUACACUCCAGAAGAGUAUUUCCUUGGCUGGAAGAAAGCUGCAUUUAAUCUACCUACCUUUGAUCCUAAAGCUCUGAAUCCCAGUGGUCCGCUCUACGAUCCUCCUUCUUCGUCCUUGGUCUCGUCUUCUGUAGAAGUAGUCGUAACUGUUGGCUUUCCUGCAGCUGGAAAAUCUACUUUUAUAAAAGAACACCUGGCGCCAAAAGGUUAUGCGUAUGCCAACAGGGACACACUUGGAACGUGGCAGAAGUGUGUUGCAGCCUGUGAGGACGCUCUGAAAAAAGGCAAGAGUAUAGUAAUUGAUAACACCAACCCUGAUGUGGAAUCUCGCAGCCGAUAUAUCAGCUGUGCACAGAAGGCAGGCGUCCCGGUCCGAUGCUUCCUCUUCACAGCACCUCUUGAAAUUGCCAAGCACAACAAUCGGUUCCGGGAGAUGACCAGUAAAGGACAUGUUUCAGUAAAUGACAUGGUCAUCAAUAGCUACAAAAGUAAAUUUGUGGCUCCCUCUCUGAGCGAAGGUUUUAGUGAAAUUCUUAAAAUCAACUUUGUGCCAAAUUUCAAAGAUCCGGAUCUAAAAGCCAUGUAUGAGCAAUUCUCAGAGGGCUGAGUUACAGCUUCUACAAUGAUCUGGGACCAGUCAUCACCCAAGCAAAAGAAGCUUAAAUAAUUUAGUUUACAUGUUGUAGAGGACAAAGCCACUCCAGACAAGCUCUUUUAUCGGUGACUUCAAAGCAGAUGAAAAGUCGAGAAAUCAAGGUUCUGUAACUUCAUUUUUUACCACUUGGUGGCGCUGUUGAUUUGUAGAAUUAUUAUUAUUUUUUUCAAAUUUUUCUUGCUAAUGCACAUUGUUCUUAUUGUUAAAUAAAUACAAUUGUCCUGACUGCAAAUAAUCACAAUCAUUAGAAAUGUGGAAGAAAUUAGAUCCAUUACCGGGACUGACCCUCAAUUACAGGAGUUAGUGCAGACUGAAUGACACCUUAUGUCUUCUUGACAUUGCACCCGUGCCAAUGAUGUCAUUUCUUGGCUCUCGCACAGGCUGUUGAGAUCGCUCAAAUAUGUCCCCUUAACGCAGACACUUAAUAAACCCUGGAACAUUUUCUCUUCUUGUACCUUGGCUGUUCUGCGAGUUUAAUUAAAAACAAAAUUCUUCACAGAUUCCUAAUGGAACACACUGAUAAUCUGCUGGCAUUGCUAAUAUCAAGAAGACUGGAUGUUGGUCCCCAGAAGGGGGGUCUUUGUUUCUCCCGCACUUCCUCUUAAAGCUGUGGUCCCUAUAUUGCAGACCUCCAGAUGUUGCAAAUCUCCAACUCCCAUCAUGUCUGGACAGCCAACGUUGGCCAUAUAGGCAUGCUAAAAGUUGUAGUUUUGCAACAGGUAGAGGUCCACCACUGUUCUAGAAUCACUAGAUACCUAAAUAACCAAAAACAAUCUUUACAUAUUUACUUUUAAACAAAUGAUACCAACUUUUGUGUAUUCUAUGCAUCUUAUGCAGUGACCAGUGCCCACCAUGAUGGCGGCCAUUUUCAUACCAAUUUCUGGAAACCUAGAAAGGCAAGUAAUCUGCACUAUAAUAUGAUUCAAGCCAUUUCUUUGUCUUCACUGUCAUUCUGGAAUUGUAUUCAGGAACAAUAAUAAUAUUAAGAAUAGUAAUUAUUUAUUUGUAUAGCGCACACAGAUACUGCAGCGCUGUCCCUGUCCCCAUUGGGGCUUACAAAUGAAAUUCACCAAUUGGUAUGUUUUAAAGGGUUUUUGCCGCUGCCCCAGCGUUUGGAACAUUUUGUUGCGAAUGCUUGUAGCGGGUGGUGAGAGUUGGGACGUCACGGCCACGCCCCCUCAAUGCAAGACUAUGGGAGGGGGCGUGGUGGCCUAUAGUCUUGCAUUGAGAGGGCGUAGCGUGACGUCAGGAGGGGCGGAGCCGUGACAUCAUCGCGGGGGUUCCAGCAGCUGGACCUCCACGACCAGACAUCUUACCUCCUAAUCUUUGGAUAGGGGAAAAGAUGUCUAGGGGCAGAGUACCCCUUUAAAGCAUGGGAUGAAACCCACACAAACACUGUGAGAACAUACAAACUCCCUGCAGAUGUUGUGGGAUUUGAACCUAGGAUCCCAGCGCUAACCGCUAAACCACCAUGCUGCCAGCAGUACAAUACAUUCCAUCCAGAAGGGUUCUACAGAUCAUGAAACUGAUAAAAGGCAUUUAAAUAUCCAAAAACGGAGUGCUCUAAUAUACACUGUAUGAAAAGGGGUCUUCCAAUCAUUCCAAAUCCAAUACCAGUACCUCUUUGGAACGCGGUGGCAGUGUCCCUCUGGCGUCCCCAUACACUGUGCAAGGAUGCUGCAGCCAAUUCCGGACAUAAGCAACAAGUACAUAUGACCACGAAGCUAGUCCCAUCUCUGAGGCACUUCCGCUCCUACGGUGUCCAUUUUAGGACAUAGUCAGCCAUACCUCCAUCCUCCGUCAGACUAAACAGCGCCCCUCCUCCUCCCCCCUCAGACCAAUCGCCGUCAGUCGUCAGCCGCAACUCUGUCCUCCGUCAGACAAAACAGCGUCCUGCCUCCUCCCUCGGACCAAUCGCCGUCAGCCACAACUCCGUCCUCCAUCAGACAAAACGGCGUCCCUCCUCCUCCCUCACACCAAUCGCUCUUAUCCUUCAGCCACAACUCCCUCAUCCGAAAGUCCCUUAUCCAAAACGCCGUCAUGCCCCAGGCGCAACUUCCUGCCGCAUAGCAGAGCCGAUGCUGCACAGCACUGUAUAGCAGAGCCCACAUGGAAUACCAUGUACAGCAGAACCCGUAUAGCAGAGAGCCGACACUGACUCGGCUCCGCUACACUGCAACAAGGUUUUUCGUCUGAGGGAUGACGGAGUUUUGGAUGAGAGACUUUAGGAUGACAAAGGAGGGAGUUGCGGCUGACGCCUGAUGGCGAUUGGUCCGAGGGAGGAGGCGGGACGCUGUUUUGCCUGAGGUACGGCUGACGAUUGAUGAUGUCCUAAAAUGGACACCGUACGCUCCAAAUAUCUGCCCACCUGCAAUUUUUUGUUAGGCCUGGAAAACACCUAUAAGGAAUUCAUAUUUCUAAAAGCAGUGAAACUAUUGCCUGUGAUAUGAAAAUGUAAAAUUCAGGAUCUGUGUCUCAGGGUAUACUAAACAAUAAAAUUGCUACAUUUGUUUGUUAAAAUCCUGCGUCUUACCUUUUUUUUUCAUGCAGUUUCAAUCCAAACAGAUUGA